AUGGCGGCUGACCUGCAAGUGACACUCGCUUUGACGACCCAAUCCCAAGAAAACCGGCAAGGUGGUGAUCGCGGCGAAAGCCCAUUCGACGAACUGUUCGUCAGCCUGGAAUCGCCUUCCCAAGAAGAAGACCAAGAUGGUAAUCGCUGCGAAAGCCCAUUCGACGAACUGUUCGUCAGCCUGGAAUCGCCUUCCCAAGAAGAAGACCAAGAUGGUAAUCGCUGCGAAAGCCCAUUCGACGAACUGUUCGUCAGCCUAGAAUCGCCUACCCAAGAUGGAGACCAAGAUGGUGAUCGCGGCGAAACCCCAUUCGACGACCUGUUCGGCAGCCUUCUCGACAGCCCCGACCAGGCAGGAGAGGGUGUAGAAGGAACAUCCGAGUCUGUGGAGGAGCACAACAACCAAAACCAGGAAGACCUUAAGAGUUUCAGGCAGAAAAAAGUUUACGUGCUCGAUGAGCUCGACAAACUCCGACGUCAAUUGGAGCGGGAUGCUGCUAUUCAGAAGGAGGAGGACGCUGCCUUCCUUCAUGAGAUGAAAACCCUACUUGAGAAGCUCACAAAAGGUCGUCAUUGA